UUCCUGGUCGCAGCCGCGGCAGUGAGUAUGUGUGUGACGGACCUCAAGCCGUCUGCGGCCGGGGGACCCCUGCCCACCGGGCUGUGGAACUAGCGCGUGUCCCCUCGCCGGCCUCCGCGUCCCCCCUGUGUCCCUCACUCGUGGCGGGGCUCGGCUCGUGGCCUCUCAGUCGAGCUCUGCUCCACGCGACUCCGCGGACCGGCUGGGGUGUCCGCUUCUCCCUGCCCCUUCAAGGCCUGAGGCCGUGGUUCAAAAAUGGCUGGGCGCCCAUGGCCUCGCAUCAAGGUUACUGACUUUCCAUGAUGUUUGGUGGUUAUGAGACCAUAGAAGCAUAUGAAGAUGACCUUUAUCGUGAAGAGUCAUCUAGUGAACUGAGUGUUGAUAGUGAGGUGGAAUUUCAGCUCUACAGCCAAGUUCAUUAUGCCCAAGAUCUUGAUAAUGUCAUCAAAGAGGAAGAACAUGAAGUGAAGAACUCUGGGAAUUCUGAAUCAUUCAGUAGUAAACCAAAUCAGAAGAACUUAAUUAUCCUUUCAGAUAGUGAGGUCAUCCAGCUAUCAGAUGGGUCAGAGGUCAUCACACUGUCUGAUGAAGAUAGUAUUUAUAAAUGUAAAAGAAAGAAUUUUAGAGUCCAUGCAGAAGAAAAGACCCAAGGUCCUCCUGCUUUUCUUCAUUCUAAUGAGUUGGCAGAUAAGAAAUGCAAGAGGGAUAUUGAGGAGACUAAACCUGGAGAGAGAUCAGGUACAAUCCAAGAGGUCAUGAUUAUAGAGGUCAGUUCAAGUGAAGAGGAAGAGAGCACCAUUUCAGAAAGCGAUAAUGUGGAAAGCUGGAUGCUGCUGGGAUGUGAAGUUGAUGAUAAAGAUGACGAUAUCCUUCUCAAUCUUGUGGGGUGUGAAAAGUCUGUUAAUGAAGGAGAAGAUGGUGUAAACUGGUUCAUCAGUGACAAAGACGUUGAGGCACAGAUAGGUAGAAAAAGAACAUCUGGAAGAUGGACCCACCGAUACUAUUCAGUCAACAAAAACGUUACCUGUAGAAAUUGUGACAAAUGUGGCCAUUUGUCAAAAAACUGCCCCUUUCCACAAAAAGUCCGCUCCUGCUGCCUCUGCUCCGAGAGAGGACACCUCCAGUAUGCCUGUCCGGCCCGCUUUUGCUUUGACUGUUCUUUGCCUAUGUCUUCUACUCACAGAUGUCUUGAAAGACCUUCCUGGAGAAAACGGUGUGACAGAUGUGAUAUGAUAGGCCACUAUGCUGAUACUUGCCCAGAAAUCUGGAGGCAGUAUCACCUAACGACCAAACCUGGACCACCCAAAAAGCCAAAGACCCCUUCUGGACAAUCAGCCUUAGUGUAUUGCUACAACUGCGGACAAGAAGGCCAUUACGGACAUGAAUGUACAGAAAGACGAAUGUUUAACCAGACCUUUCCAACAUCUCCAUUCAUCUACUACUAUGAUGACAAAUACGAAAUCCGGGAGAGAGAUCAGAGAAUAAAACGAAAAGUGAAAGAACUCCAGAAGAAUGGGGACUUUCCAAGGCAGUUCAAGAGGCCUCAUAUGGAAGCAGCAGAUAAGAGGCCCCACCGUGAUAUGAGGAAGAGCCAUGCCUCAUGGAGAAAUAACACAUGGCCUCAAGAAAAGAAAGAAACCCAAAAAGAAGCCAUGAACAGGACCAGCAGAGAGCGUGAGAAGCACAGGAAGGCUGACAGGUGUCAUGAAGUGGAUGAGGACUACCCCAGGGGCCCCAGAGUCCACUCUUCUCCUGGCACUGUCAAAACCCAGAAGUCUCACAAGCCCUUUCACCACUCAUCGCAUUACCACAAGCCAAGAGAAGACAGGCUGCCCAGAGAGGGCAGGAGGGUCAGGCAUAAGAAAAAGGAGAGCUGUUUGGAGGAUGAUGGCAAUGAUAAUUUAUUUCUCAUUAAGCAGAGGAAAAAAAAGUCUAAGGUGUGAGUUAGCUUCUGAUUUGGCUUCCCAGUGUUUGGUCUUCGUGUCUACAACAUCCUGGCAAUAUUUGUAUUAUCUAUGAUUAAAUAAAAUGAGGUUUUUGUUUUUGUUUUUGUAAUCUCAGCCAUACCUAGAGCUAUUGAACAAAGUCCUUGGAGAUCUCAGUUCUCUGUGUCCAACAGGUUAUUAGGUAAGAAAACAGAAAGAUAAACUCGGACUUCCCCUGUUCCAGGACGUCACUUCUAUUCACUCAGUACCCUAGGGAUAGGAAGAAUUAAUCUUUUCACAAAAAAAUUUUUGUAAUAUUUUGAAAAAAUAGAAAAGCUCAUUAAAUGUAUGCAGUGUAUGAAAAUUAAAUCCUUGCAAGAAGAUAAAUUAAUGCUAAUAUGAAAAAUUCAUCACUCUUUUUCAGCAUUCCUUUUUUUUAAAUAUCGGAAAGGAUAAUAACUAUAUAUCUAAAUCUGGGUUUUCUUGCUUCUGAAGCUGGGUGUCAGAAUCUUACUUUGGUCAGAGUAUCACAGGCUGAAAAUGAAGGUGUCGUCAUUGAAGCACUGAAGAGACAGGGAAUUAGGUUUUAGAGCAAAAUACAAGUAAGGAAUCCAUCCAGAGUAAAUGUUGAGAAACAGAUUUCCUGAAACAAGUGAAAAGAGUCAUCAGAAUUUUUAACUUAAUCACAAGGAAAUCGUUUUUACCAUUUUUACAGCCAUACUUGAGGAAGACUGUCCCUCAGAUAUUUAAGAUGAAUAUCAUCCAACUUAAAAAAUUGUUUUGUUCUCAUGGGUUUUUUAACUACCACAGAGUUAUACAGAAAUUUUUAUACUUGUGAACCUUUUGUACUUAUCAGAGCCUAAUGUUAGAAUAAGAAAAAUAAAAUGUCUGAAAUAGAGGAAAUAAAUUUGUCUACUAUGUAAAAAGACAAUGAGAGUUUGAGUAGUGACAAAGGGCGUACUUGGGUUGGACAAGUGACUAUAAAGUUAUAAAAAUCUCUAUAAACUGGGGUCAAAUGCCCUUACUGUGCCCAAGCACUAGCUUUAUGCCAGAAUAAAAUGAGAUGG